AUGGACAAUAGUCUGAAUGUCUUAAGGAGAGAGUUAGUGGACGUUCAGGGUAUUCCCCUCUUCUGGAGCAUUGCUGAGGAGUGGUUUCAGGUGCAGUCAUUUGAGGCUCGACCAGAUGAUGUUCUGAUCUCCACCUAUCCCAAAUCUGGAACGACCUGGAUAAGUGAAAUAUUGGAUUUGAUUUAUAACAAUGGGGAUGCAGAGAAAUGUAAACGGGAUGCAAUAUACAACAGAGUACCUUUCAUGGAACUCAUAAUUCCUGGACUCACAAAUGGUGUCGAGCAGUUGAAAAACAUGCAGUCUCCUCGAUUAGUGAAGACACACCUGCCUGUUCAACUUCUCCCAUCUUCAUUUUGGAAGAAUGACUGCAAGAUGAUCUAUGUGGCACGGAAUGCCAAAGAUGUGGCUGUGUCUUACUAUUAUUUCUACCAGAUGGCAAAAAUUCACCCAGAACCUGGAACUUGGGAGGAGUUUCUGGAUAAAUUCAUGACUGGAAAGGUGGCCUUCGGUUCCUGGUAUGACCACGUGAAGGGCUGGUGGGAGAAGAAGAAAGAUUAUCCUAUCCUUUACCUAUUUUAUGAGGACAUGAAAGAGAAUCCAAAAGGUGGAAUUCAGAAGCUGUUAAAGUUUCUAGAGAAAGACAUUCCAGAAGAAAUUGUGGAUAAAAUCCUAUAUCACAGCUCUUUUGAUGUAAUGAAGCAGAACACUAGUGCAAAUUAUACCACUUUGUCAAAAGAAGAAAUGGACCAUUCUGUGUCUCCCUUCAUGAGAAAGGGUAUUUCAGGAGACUGGAAGAAUCAUUUCACUGUAGCCCAGUAUGAGAAAUUUGAAGAAGAUUAUAAAGAGAAAAUGAGAGGGUCCACACUGCAGUUUCGAUCACAAAUAUAA